AUGAAUCGAAAACACGCUGGAAACACCUACUCAACUAUCUGCACCAAGCUGUGUGCUGUGCGGUCGUUCCACCGCAACUCUGCAGGUUACGAUCCGGUUGUAAACGCAAGUCACGCUAUCCUGCUGCGAGGUAUCCGCCGCUCCACGGACCCAGUUGUUAAGCAACAGCCCUUGACCACGCGGCUGCUCCGCAGCCCAUGA